GAAGUAGCGCGGACUGCUCAUCCGAUCCGUGCGGCGCGGCCAGUGUGUCAAGUUACAGAGGCGCCGGAAUCGGCCCCAGCGCUCCUCGGCAGCGGCCACGACCCACCUCUGCCCAUGGGGCCCUCCAUGUGCGCCCCUUCGCCCCGCGACUGAAACCGGCUCGACCGGGGGCCGCGAGACACCAAGAAGGACCGACAGCGCAGAACCAACUCGAGGACUCUGCAGAUACUUGAAGGGAAACACGGGGCGGAGAGGAGAGUCGGCCAGAUUCCCCUAACUUUCCUGGACUUGGAACGUACUUCGAAGUAACUUUUUUCUCACCCGAGUGUACCCCGAUUACCGCUGGUUGUGCUUUUUCGGCUUUCCCUCUCCUGCUGCUAAUUUUUCCAUCCUCUUUGCCGGGAGCAAAGGAAAGGGACUUGUUCCAGCGACAUAACCCCUUUCCCCCUGCCCCGCGGCUUGGAUCGCACCUUUGGGCAGCGGUUCUCGCCUUUAUUUAUUCUAUUUAUUUAUUUAUUGGUUCUCGAGAAGCGAGGGGAUGGUAGUGGAGCGCGCCAGCAAAGCGGCAGCCGCCGGUGCCGGCGGCCCUGGAGAGUUGGGCACGCCCGAGACGGUGGCGCUAGCGGUGGCGCCGGCGGAGCGCUGCGCGCGGCUGCCGAGCCCGGGGUCGUGCGGGCUGCUAGUCCUGGCCGUCUGCUCGCUGGCGCUCAGCCUGCUCGCCCACUUUCGGACGGCCGAGCUGCAGGCCCGGGUGCUGCGCCUGGAAGCGGAGCGAGGGGAGCAGCAGAUGGAGACGGCUAUUUUGGGACGAGUCAACCAACUGCUGGACGAGAAAUGGAAGCUCCACUCUCGGAGGCGCCGGGAGGCCCCGAAGACAUCUCCAGGGUGUCACUGCCCGCCAGGACCUCCUGGUCCCACUGGAAGGCCUGGCCUCCCGGGAGACAAAGGUGCCAUUGGGAUGCCUGGACGUGUGGGCGUAAAGGGCCAACCAGGCGAGAAGGGGGCCCCAGGAGAUGCCGGCAUGUCCAUCAUCGGUCCCCGUGGCCCCCCUGGUCAGCCAGGCACUCGAGGUUUUCCUGGAUUUCCGGGUCCCAUUGGGCUGGACGGCAGACCGGGCCACCCCGGACCGAAAGGGGAGAUGGGCCUGAUGGGUCCCCGAGGACAGCCGGUUGGUACCUCGCCCUAA